UUAGUUUUAAAAACUGUAAAUAGUGCAAAUAUAUUAUUUUUAUCACCAACGCCUUCGUACAGUCACAGUGUGGUUUACUUUCCAAUAAUACGUGAAUUAUCAUUACGUGGCCAUAAAGUUGAAUCAAUAAUGCCAGAUAUGAUCAACGAUCCAAAAUUAAUAAAUUUAACUGAAAUCAAUAUUCGAGAUAGAUCUUAUCAAAUGAUUCAGUCGAGAUUACCAGUGGUCGUCGAUCAAAUGAUGCGUAAUGAACGUGCAAUGGGUCAAAUCAAAUGGUACAACGAUUAUUCAUACGAGGCCAUGGAUACAUUCUUCCAAUUUCCAGAAGUUCAAAAUCUUAUCCAACAUCCAGAAAACUAUCAUUUUGAUCUUGUUAUCACAGAAUGGAUAACUUAUCAAUCUGUAAUUGCUUUUGCUGAUUUAUUUAAAUGUCCAUUAAUUGGAAUUUCAUCGUAUACAAUUUAUCUUCAUGGACACGAUGCAAUUGGUAAUCCAACGCAUUCAACUUAUCUACCAAAUUCCUGGGAUCUGUAUGUAGAUCCAUCAUCGUUCUGGGAUCGUUUAAAAAGUGCUGUGUACGCUGUUGAAUACAGAUUGUAUUAUAAAUAUUAUGUUUUACCUCGACAAAAUUCGUUGGUACAAAAAUAUUUUGGGAAUCGUGUAACGAGAAAUAUUGAAGAAAUUGAAAAAGAUGUGAGUUUAGUGUUGACGAAUACUAAUCCAAUUUUACAUGGAGCGUAUCCAAAAGUUGCAAAUUUAAUUGAAAUUGGUGGUUUACAUGAUCCUCCAAUAAAGCCAUUACCAAAGGAUUUGCAAUCCUUCUUAGACAGUGCCAAAAAUGGUUUCAUAUAUUUUAGUUUGGGAUCAAAUAUUAAAAGUUUCCUUUUGGGUGAAAAAACUAUUAACACAAUUUUAAAAGUGUUUAAGAAAUUACCAUACAAAGUCGUAUGGAAAUACGAAUCAACCAAUUUACCUGGUAAACCUGAUAAUGUGUACAUUUCACAAUGGCUUCCACAACGUGCAAUAUUAGAGCAUCCAAAUAUAAAACUGUUUAUGACGCAAGGUGGACUUCAAUCUACCGAAGAAGCAAUUCGGGGUGGUCGUGGCGUCCCAUUCUUAAUAAUACCAUUUUUCUCUGAUCAAAGUCAAAAUGCUGGCAGAUUUCAACAAUUAGGUAUUGGAAAACGUUUAUUACGAUCCGAAAUCACUGAAGAAAAUUUAGAAAAAUCUAUUUAUGAAGUGAUAAACAAUAAAAGAUAUAAAAAUGCUGUUAUAGAAAUCUCAAAAACAUUAUGGGAUCAACCAACAAAUCCAUUAGAUCGUGCAAUUUGGUGGAUUGAAUAUGUGAUUCGACAUAAAGGUGCUAAAUAUUUACGGAAUCCAGAAUUAGAUGCUCCAUGGUAUCAAGUCCAAUUAUUGGAUGUUUAUUUAUUUAUUUUUAGUCUUUUAGUUUUAAUCAUUGUGCUUGUUUCUGUUAUUUGUAAAAAAUUGUAUUUAUUUAUCAAAUUAAAAACAUGUAAGAAAUCUAAAAAGAUUAAAAAGCAAUAAAGUUUCACCAAGGUCAAUAUUAGAAUAAU